AUGGCCGGAAAUCUGAUCCCAAUCCUAAAAACUGGUCAGCAAUUGCACUUGGAUGUACGCGCGUUUCAGGAGAACCGGCUUACCUUCCCGAUCAGAAUUCGAGAGCCAACUAUUGAUGGUACCUCACCACCAGGCACAGGGAAGCUGGCCUUUUUCCGAGAACCUCGCAGUGGCAAAAUGGAGCCUUCGAGCCUCCGACCGAUUACCACCCUCGAGGUCCGGUUACCAGGCCUUAGUGUCGACCUGUUACCAUGUGAAGCAGAAGACAUUGCAAGGUCUGAUUUGGACUACAAUUUUCUGGCCUGCCAUAUUGGCUCAGAUUGGCCAAGACUUGCGGCUGCACUCGGCUUCAGCGUUGGUGAGAUCCAAGAAAUGCAGACUCAAGUUCUCAAAUCUGGUGCUAUCGGAGAGUCCGCGGAGGUCGAGAGGGCUAAGCUGAUGAUACUUCGUUGGGAAUCGGUGAAACGCAAAGAACCAGAAAGCCCAGCACACGCAGCCUUAGGUCAGAAUCAAAUGAUUGCCUAUAAAUUCAUCUGGAGUUGCAAUAAGAUGAUGAAAAUGAGCUAG